CGGAAGAGGCGCUCGGAGCGGGGAGUGGGGCCUAGCCUCAGCCGGAGCCUGGGAGACGAUGCAUCACUGUAAGCGAUACCGCUCCCCUGAGCCAGACCCGUACCUGAGCUACCGAUGGAAGAGGAGGAGGUCUUACAGUCGGGAGCAUGAAGGGAGACUGCGAUACCCAUCUCGAAGGGAGCCUCCGCCCCGAAGAUCUCGGUCUAGAAGUCAUGACCGCCUACCCUACCAGAGGAGGUACAGGGAGCACCGUGACAGCGACACAUACCGGUGUGAAGAGCGGAGCCCAUCCUUUGGAGAGGACUGCUAUGGAUCUUCACGUUCCCAUCAUCGACGGCGGUCACGGGAGAGGGAGCCCUACCGGACCCGCAAGCACGCCCACCACUGCCACAAACGCCGCACCAGGUCUUGUAGCAGCGCCUCCUCGGUGAGUGGUGGCCAGAGUGUGCUGGCUGGGGCUUAAAGGCCUCCUCUCUUUCUAGCCUUCUCUCAGGCUGGCUGGUCUGGGUGAGUACUGCCAGCCCCACGCACGUGCAUUUGGUGUGUGUGCAUGUGUGUGUGUAUGUGUCGUCUGGUCCAGGUGCAGGGCUGAGCAGGGGGCCCGGCUUCUCUGUCUUCUGGCCCAUGGGCACUGGCAACUGCAGGGGCUCUGGUUCCGGCGCCGGCUGGCCUCUGGCCUGUUUCCGCACUGCCCCAGGCACAGGCCACAUGGUGCAAGUGGCCAGGGACACUUCUUCAGGAUCCUGAAUAGGAUUGCUGGUAUGUGGUCUGGAGCCGUGUGGCCUGGGCCUUCCCACCCAGAGAUUCGUCCCCACACAGCAGAGCACUCUGACCGGUGUGGACUGCAUCCACCUCUGCAGUCUCGUCUCCACACCCCUCCCCAAAGGCCCGGAGGCUGGAGCGCCCACGGGUGAGGGAGGGUCUGCCUGUCAAUCAGCUCGGACUGGAAGCCUCCCUCUGACCUCCAGUCAGGCCCUCUUCAGCCCAGCCUCUUCACCUGAGGGGCAGUCAAGGCGAGGAGGACAAGCUGCCUGCCUGAUGGGCAUGUGAAGAAAUGGCAGAAAGGCCUUGCCAGAUGCGGGUCACAUACCCAGAGCAGGGCCUGGCAGCAUUCUUAACGUGGAGGGUUGUUGAGAUCUCUGCUGAGACCGGGAACCCGUACUGCGCUCUCUGCUCGGGGAAGGAAGGCCAGUUGCGGAUCUCUGAGGGUGUGCGGUGUUCUCUUCUCCUCCCCAGCCCUCUUCCCUCCGUCACUUGCUCCCGGCCCUGAGGCCCCUGAGGAGUGGUGGCCGAUCACUGGAGGGGGCCAGGUGUCUUCUCUGCCCCGCUUUCACGUGACUUCUUUGAGUCGCCAUGGGUUGAGGGUUGACUGGGCGCCCGGCAUGGCCUGGUGGCCUCUCUGGACACUGCCGUAGGAUAGUAGUGCAGGUCUGUGGCUCUGCUGCUUCUCUUUUUGGUGCCCUCGGUUGUCAUGAGGCUCAGGGUAGGCUUGACCUGUGAGUAGCGUAGGUGCCAAGGCCAGGGCAGGAGCUGGCUUGGGGCCGGUGUGGGCCGUCGUGGUGGUAGGCCUUGGAGGGUCGACCGGCCCAGAAGAUCCAGGGCUCCUUCCCUGCUCGAGGCUGGUGGCACAAGGGCUGCUUGAUGGAAGGCCGUUUCUGGUAGUGAAGUUAAGUUGGGCCACGGAUGCCGUCUUGGGGCAGGUGGCAGCUGUCAGGCACGUGCAGCUCUGCGCGGGCGAACAGAGGCAGACAAGGACAGGCUGGGCACUCUGCAGCUGAAGCCAGAGUGGCCUCUGACUGUUCUGGAUGCUCGGACCCAGGCUGGGCCGGCCGUCUUCUUGCGCCGUUGUUCUCACUGCGACUUCACCCUGGCGAAGCCAUCACGGGAGGGCCGGGGAGGGGGAGACUCAGUGGAGGAGGGAGUCAGGGCUGUGCCUCUCUACACGGCCCAGCCCCACAGCAGCAGAGGCUGGUGGUCUUUCUGAGCAUUUGCGGCGUCCUUCUCUUAGAUAAUGUCCGAGUUUUCUUUACAUACCUGUAGCUGUUUUUACUUUUCUGUUUUUGAAGUCAGUUUGUGUCUUGACGUGUCCCUUGCAAUAUCCCUAUCGUUAUAUAUGCUGUGUGCCUUAUGAAAUGCUGGGAUCUGGAAAAUCCAAUCAACCAACCCACCGGCUCCUCACCGUCUCCACCUCUGCCUUUGACUGACACCUCAAUCUGUCAAUCGGAACCGCCUACCAUGCGAUUGGUCGGAUGGCGUUUCGGGGGGCGGUGCAUGCAGAGAAGCCAACAGAGCAGUAAGCGCAGCAGCCGGAGUGUGGAAGAUGACAAGGAGGGCCACCUGGUGUGCCGGAUCGGCGAUUGGCUCCAAGAGCGAUGUACAGCCACCUUUCGUAAAACUUUACCUCUCUACUUUCUACCCCCCUUGUUAGACGAGACCUCUCCCGCCCGGAGGGGCCUCUAGUGCGCGUGGCGCCUUAGCGGGGCCACCAGUAAUUGCCUGAAUGACACAGACGCUAGCAACUUCUGUUUUUAAGAGUGUAGCAGUGAGAGAGAAACCUUUUUUGUUUUUGAGAAUUUGAAUGCUGUGAACUUGCAGGAGCUGCCGACCCUCUGUCUUCCAGACCCUCAUGCCCCGUUUCUUUUCUCUCCUAGAUGAGAUCGUGGGGAACCUGGGUGAAGGCACCUUUGGCAAGGUGGUGGAGUGCUUGGACCAUGCCAGGUGAGCCAUCUUCCUGGAAAGAGCUGGCCCGAGUUUCUUGAAGGUGGUGGCACAGCUUAACCUUUUUCUUUUGGAAGGGUAGCACCAAAGCAGAGUUCCGUCCUGUGCGUGUUGGGGUUUUGCUGAUCCCCUGAAACUCCUGGGAUUUCAUAGGCAGAUGGCAUCCCUGCCCAGGAGCUGCUGGAUAGUGAGCAGCACUGCCCUGGCUUCCCGGCUUCCCCACUUCCCCAGGGCUGUGGUGGUGGGUAUCAGAACAGGGCAAGGCUCUGGCUCCUUAGUGGUCUGGAGUGCUUCUUGUGAUUUCUUUUAGGGUCUGGGCCUGGCAGGGGGUUGAGAGUACUGCUGAGUCCAGCCCAAGCAUGAGCGUACCCCCCACCCCUAGCCCCCAGCAAGAGGUCUGCCUGAGAGGCUGUGCAGGUUCCAGUUGAGAGAAACAAGACCUUGGGCUGAGAAAGCAGGCUGCUGCCUUCUGCAGGUUGGCUGAGAAGGGUGGGCCCCUUUGAGCGUGCUCAGGUAGAGCAGGGGUACACCUGCAUGUGCUGGGAUGCUGCAGGGGGGACCUUGCUCCCUUCUGGGCUCAACAGUGAAAUACUGUUUUGUCCCCUUGUCAUCCCUCAAGGUCAGAACUCUCGCCUUCUCCACCUCAGGCUGGGGGCCUGCCUCCUGCGAGCACAUGGCCUUCCUGCCUUAACGGCCCUCUCAUUGCUUUGGCUACAAAGUGCUUGUGUCCUCGCUGUCUCAGUUGAGCCUGUACAUGCCUUGUACUAUUUUAGAGAUGGGGAAACAUUGCUCAGCAUUUGUCUGUAUCCCUGUCCCUCCUCCCCCACCAAACUGAGUGGCGGAGCCACUAUACGCAGUUCUCCCCCAUGCAGAGGGGUGCAGAGGGGUGCUCCGAAAGGACAGACCCAGCGGUCCAGCCAGCCAUGUGGCCUCAGUUUAAGGUAGAGGUUUUUACUGAGGGAGCCUCCCUAGGUGCCCAGAUCCCAUUUAAACAACCCUCAGACCUGGUGUCGCCUAAGAGGGUGGCCCGGACCCGUGCGCAGAGGGAAAUGUAGACCGUGUCAUGACCGGGGAGAGAGGUGGCAGAUCUGAGACCUGGGCCACCUAGGGGCUCUCUGGGCUGUGUUGCUCUGAGAAGCUAGAGGGGAAGUGAGCCUUUGAAGUUGCUAAUGGGCAGGCACAGGGCUCUGGGGACCUUUAGGGGGUCCAGAGGAAGUCAGCCAGUGGGCUGCUUGUGAGGAGACGGAAUUCAGCUCAGCAAAAGGAAGGGCGUCCAACCCUGGUAGUAGCUGUGUGGAAGUGAUGAGCUCUCUGUCGAGGCUCGAAAAGCCAUUGAGGAAUCCUAUUCUAGCAAGACGGAGGGGUGGCUUUUCCUCUGAGGCCCUUUCCUGUCUUGAAAAUCUGAGAAAAUGGGUUCAAGAAAGAAAAGGGGGCGUAUUCACUAGAAUAUGCCUCUGCCCUGGGGCCUGUGAACCUUUCUUUAGGCACCAAGGCCACCUUCCCAGAGGCCGUCAGGCCACUCCCUUGCAGGUUAGGGCUUAUCACUCGAGUCCCCCACUGGACAUUUGACCUCUGGCUGUCCCUUCCUGACAGCUUUGGGGCUGGCAGCCUAACCUCAGCAGAUUUUCUUCUCUGCUGGCAUCUUGCAAAUGCCCUACAGGGGUGGUGCUGAGGGUAAGGGAUGUGCAGAGCAGGAACUAUUAGAAUCCUGAUUGGACACUGAACAAGGGCUCCUGGCCACUCAGUGAUCUCUGAUAAAUACUAUGGCUGGUAGGCAGGCAGGCGGGGCCGGGGGCACGGGGUGUGGUAAGGCUCCCAGUGAGAGGAACCUAUCAUUGGUACCCUUACCCUCUUGCCUGCCAGGCUUUCACUCCAUCCUGGAACUCCCGCCCCAGGGGGAGCUGUUUGCCCAGACGUGUCAGUGUGCUCCAGGAGGGGCGUGGGGGCCGCAAGAGGGUUCUGAGUGGGGUGGCCUAGCCAGGGUCAGGACCGACUGCCUGCAGGUUGGGUCAUGAGUGAGUUCUGGCCUGGCACUCGUCAGCAGGAUAGGGCUCUACUCCUCUGUACACCGCCCCCUGGGAGCUGGCAGUGGCCAAGGUCAUAAAAGCCUAAGGCUGGCAUGGAUGCCAAGAGCAGCUUGCUCUUGGGAGGGUAGAGGUAUGGUGUUGCAUGGGGCAGGCUGCGUGUCAAGAAUCUGCUCUCUUCAGGGCAAGCCCUAUUCCUGGAGUCCUGAGCAGGGUUUGCCAGGAGUUGCUGGGUUGGGGUGGAGGGUGGGGGAAGGGCGGCAUGGCUUCUCAUGAGAACUUUUGCUUCCUUCCUCGAUCCCAGAGGGAAGUCUCAGGUUGCCCUGAAGAUCAUCCGCAACGUGGGCAAGUACCGGGAGGCCGCCCGGCUAGAAAUCAAUGUGCUUAAAAAAAUCAAGGAGAAGGACAAAGAGAACAAGUUGUGAGUGUCAGCAGGAAAGAGGAGGGACGCUUCUAAGGGUACCGCGUCCACUGCAGCCCCAGCUGCCCAGACACCCUGGGGCUGAGCUGUGCCCUUUGACGUGGUUGGCACCCUGCCUUCUCCCUGUGCCCAGAGCCGGGGGAGUUUGUCAACCUGUGCGUCUUGAUGUCUGACUGGUUCAACUUCCAUGGUCACAUGUGCAUCGCCUUUGAGCUCCUGGGCAAGAACACCUUUGAGUUCCUGAAGGAGAAUAACUUCCAGCCUUACCCUCUACCGCAUGUCCGGCACAUGGCCUACCAGCUCUGCCACGCCCUUAGAUUUCUACACGAGAACCAACUGACCCACACAGACUUGAAGCCAGAGAACAUCCUGUUUGUGAACUCGGAGUUUGAAACCCUCUACAAUGAGCACAAGAGCUGUGAGGAGAAGUCUGUGAAGAACACCAGCAUCCGAGUGGCUGACUUCGGCAGUGCUACCUUUGACCACGAGCAUCACACAACUAUCGUGGCCACCCGUCACUAUCGCCCACCUGAGGUCAUCCUCGAGCUGGGCUGGGCACAGCCCUGUGACGUCUGGAGCAUUGGCUGCAUUCUGUUUGAGUACUACCGGGGCUUCACACUCUUCCAGACCCAUGAGAAUCGAGAACAUUUGGUGAUGAUGGAAAAGAUCCUAGGGCCCAUCCCAUCCCACAUGAUCCACCGGACCAGGAAACAGAAGUAUUUCUACAAAGGGGGCCUGGUUUGGGAUGAGAACAGCUCUGACGGCCGGUAUGUGAAGGAGAACUGCAAACCUCUGAAGAGUUACAUGCUCCAAGACUCGCUGGAGCACGUGCAGCUGUUUGACCUGAUGAGGAAGAUGUUAGAAUUCGACCCUGCCCAGCGCAUUACACUGGCGGAGGCCCUGCUGCACCCCUUCUUUGCUGGCCUGACCCCUGAGGAGCGGUCCUUCCACACCAGCCGCAACCCAAGCAGAUGACAGGCACAGGCCACUGCGCCAGGAGAUGGAGAGUGGGACUGGGCUGCCCGGCCCUUUUCUCCAACCUCUACCAUUGGCCCCAGGGCCAGAGCCACCCACGAACAGUGCAAUGUGAAGGCAGGCAGGAGCCUGCAGGGGAGGAGACUUGAUGCCCAGCUGCCAGAAAGCACAGAUUUGACCCAAGCUAUUUAUAUGUUGUAAAGUUAUAAUAAAGUGUUUCUUACUGUUUGUAA